CUGACUCUGGCUCUCAUGGCGGAGAUGGCUGAUUGAUGCCGAUGGGGUAGUUCAAAAAGAACCCGGUCCCCUCUGGCGCUGUUGUUUCCCAUCUGCUUUUUUCUCGGCUGUCAAUCCAUUUUCUCUAUUCUUCUCUCUUCUAUUCUAUUCUCUUCUCUUCUUUUCGCCGUCUGGAACGGUUGAUCUUUGACUGGGUCACCUUAUUCAGAGGUAGAAAUACUAUACAUUCAGGCCAUUGCUUCAUCAUGGCCAAAACUCAAGAUCCCGAGGCAUCUACGGACCUCCACAAGGAGGUGGCUGUGGAGAUGGACAAUGUGAUGGAUGACCCUAAAGUCGCCAUGGAAUUCAACGAGGCUGCCAUGGACGCAGAGCUCCAGCAGCUCGAGGUGCAACUGCAGGGCGUGAAGAAGUCCCGGUGGGAGUUCAGCUUGGCCAGCCCUGCCACCUUCACCUACAUUCUCGUCGCAUUUGCCUCGAUGGGUGGUCUCCUUUCUGGUCUUGACCAGUCUCUGAUCAGUGGAGCCAACCUCUACCUGCCUAAAGACUUGCACUUGUCCGAUAACGAGAGCAGCCUGGUUAACGGUGGUAUGCCUCUGGGUGCUGUCGCUGGUGCUCUCACACUCUCUCCUUGCAACGAAUACCUGGGUCGUCGCAUGGCAAUCAUCGUCUCUUGCAUCCUGUACACUAUUGGUGCUGGCCUGGAAGCUGGUGCUGUCAACUUCGGUAUGAUGUUUGCUGGUCGUUUUAUUCUGGGCAUGGGUGUUGGUUUGGAGGGUGGCACUGUCCCCAUCUAUGUGGCCGAGUGUGUCCCCGUCAAGCUGCGUGGUAACAUGGUCUCGCUGUACCAAUUGAACAUUGCGCUGGGUGAAGUCUUGGGAUACGCCGUGGCUGCCAUCUUCGUCGAUGUCAAGGGCAACUGGCGUUAUAUUCUUGGAUCCUCCCUGGUCUUCUCCACCAUCCUUUUUGUUGGAAUGCUGUUCCUUCCCGAGAGUCCCCGUUUCCUGAUGCACAAGGGCAAGGAGGUCGAGGCCUAUGGGGUCUGGAAGCGUAUCCGUGGAUUUAAUACCAUUGAGGCCAAGGACGAGUUCCUCGGAAUGAGACAGGCAGUCUCGGCAGAGAACCAAGAGCAACAGAACACCAAGAAGCUGCCUUGGAUGGACUUCUUCACGGACCCCCGUGCUCGUCGCGCCUUGGUCUAUGCUAAUAUCAUGGUUUUCCUUGGUCAAUUCACCGGUGUCAACGCUGUCAUGUACUACAUGAGUGUUCUGAUGUCUAACAUUGGAUUCGACGACAAGACCAGUGUCUUCAUGUCUCUGGUCGGUGGUGGCUCUCUCAUGCUUGGUACCAUCCCCGCCGUCAUGUACAUGGAGAGAUUUGGCCGUCGCUACUGGGCCAACGCUAUGCUGCCCGGUUUUGUCAUCGGUCUUGCUCUUGUCGGUGCCGGAUACACUAUCGACUACAAUGUCUAUCCAGCUGCCGCCGAGGGUCUCUACUUGACUGGUAUCAUCUUGUACAUGGGCUUCUUCGGUUCAUACGCCUGUCUCACCUUCGUUCUGCCCGCCGAGUCCUUCCCCACCUACCUCCGUAGUUACGGUAUGACCGUUUCCGAGGCCAACCUUUUCCUCUCCUCCUUCAUCGUCACCUACAACUUCACUGCCAUGAUGAACUCAAUGACCCGUAUCGGUCUGACCCUUGGUUUCUACGGUGGUAUCGCCGUCCUCGGCUGGUUCUACCAGAUCCUCUUCAUGCCCGAGACUAAGAACAAGUCCCUCGAGGAGAUUGACGAUAUCUUCUCCAAGCCUACUUCCGUUAUCGUGCGGGAGAAUGUCAAGAACACCGCUGAAGUCAUUCGUGACUUGUUGAGCUUCCGCUGGAAGAAGGUGUUUGUUCCUAGUGCGUGAUGUAUUGUUGUCGAGGUGAAGUUUGAGAAUUUUAUAUAUACCCACUUUCAACACAAAAUGGUUUGAUUAUGAUUGAAAGUUAUACGAUGUUUGAUUAACGAUAAAACGCUUAUAAAUAAAUAUAUUUUGUAUGCCUAUACUAUUUCAUAUAUUGUUUCAUAUCAUCUACCCUCAUUUUGCAGCUCUAAGACCAUUGGAUAUAAAAUCAUAGUAUGUAAUCCACUACAAGUAAUCGAAACAUAUCCCAAGGGAAAACAG